AUGAAGUCUGUUUGGCUUGGUCUUUUCUAUCUGCUUCUCGCAACAGCUUAUACUGCUGCGUUGGACGAUGAAAAUGAUCCAGUAGGAGACGGAAAGAUUAUUCCGAUCGAUGCUAGUUCGUUUGCCUUUAAGGACGCUGACUUCGCUCUUGGUACCAGCCAGGUGAGCUGGUAUCAGGCUGAACUGCUAUGUGCCUCUAUAAAAUUCACACUGGCAAGCAUAUUAACUGCUGCGGAUAUAACCACAGUUGACGAAUGGUUGCAAAAACAAUCAAUUUACCCAUUGCUCACGCAACCAAUAUGGACAUCGGGAUCAAAUCUGGCCUACUCUCCUCUAUACUCCUGGCAUGGCACUGGCGAUUUUAUAACUCUUGACAAUUUCAGCGGAAAACGUCCUUCGGGCACAAAACAAAUGUGCAUCGGACUCAAUGCACGUAAUAAUUUGUGGACUGCACAUUCUUGUUCGGAUAAGCGAUAUUUCCUUUGCCAGAAAAGAGUUUGUUAAUGAAACCAGUAAUCUAGUAAUCAUUUAAACUGUAUAUAACGGUAUAUAACAAAUAUAAUUAAAAGCUCAUAGUUGCAA